UGGUUAAAGAUUUUUAUAAAUCUCUAUAAAGUACAUCAACACCUCUUACUCCAGUAGCAAUGUUUAAAAAUAGGAGGUAUACCUGUUCAACAAGGAAAUAUUCUAUUUGUGUUCAAGAUUACAAUAGGCUGAAGCUCAGGAUAAAAUGGAAAUUUGUUUGUGCACGUCAAAUCAAAAUAAAACGAAAGAAAUUCUUUCAUAUAUCAAUACACAUUUCGGAACUUUAGCAUAUAAGUUUAAUAUUUACGCGACAAAUGUAGAAUGUCCGGAAAUUCAAGGGACUUCAGAAGAUAUCGUUUAUGACAAGCUUGAAAGGGCUUUCGAGAAAAUGGGUGUUAGUGUUGCAGUUGAAGACACAUCGCUUGAAUUCGCUGCAUUCAAAGGUCUUCCAGGACCUUAUAUAAAGCAUUUUUUAAACGUAUUAAAGCCGGAAGGCUUACAUAAUAUGCUCUCAGGGCAACAGGAUAAGACGGCUUACGCUGUUACUCGUAUUGGUUUUCAAGGCGUCGGCGAUCCGAAACCGAUUAUUUUUGAAGGCAGAACUCAAGGAUCCAUUGUUGUUCCACGGGGUAAAACUGAUUUUGGGUGGGAUUCAAUUUUCCAGCCUGACAAUUGUGUCAAAACGUAUGCGGAAAUGACAAUCGACGAAAAAAACAAAGUGUCACAUAGAGGCAAGGCAGUCGCUCAAUUCUGCGCAUUUCUGUAUAAUAGACUUCGUGAUACUCAUCCAGAGUUGUUCACAAAAGAAAAACUUUAAAAAGAAAGUAAAUUAUUUAGAAUAGAAGGUGACUUUAAUAAUUUGAGGAUACUAAUCAAGGUUCGACAAGACAGUUGAUUAACAAAAAAAAAAUUUAGUAAACAAGAAAAGAGUCUUCAAUUUAUUGCCUUUAGAAAAAAUUACGUGCUUCAUCUGGUGAAAACACAUAGAAAAUUUACUUAGUCAACUGAAUUCUUUCUCAUUUUCAAUAUUCUACGAACAAAGCGUCUAUUAUAAUUGUUUGGUAUAUUACGCUAAA